CCCACACACAUGGCAGAGUUUGCACAAGUGCAGUCCAUACAAACAAUGACUGGUGACGAUGGGAAGGGCCUGGUUCAGCUGAAGAUAAUUGGAGCGGCUGAGCCGUUAACUAUCACCUGUAAAACUCUGGAUGAGGUGGAGGACAUGGCUGAUUUGAUAGAUGGUUACUGCAGAUUGGUCCAUGACAUGCAGGGGUCCCUUUGGACCAAGAGAGGGAUAUCAGACUAUGCCGAGAUUGUGGAAGAUGAAGAUGAUUAUAGCACACCCGAUGCCAGAGAUAAUGAGAUUCCUAGAGACCACAUCCGACUUGUGGAGAUACUCGGAGAGGGCCAGUUUGGCGAUGUCUACAAGGGCAUGUAUUUUGACAAGGAGGGAAUGCAAGUCCCUGUGGCUAUCAAGACAUGCAAGGAGGAUGGAGAGGAGGCAAUGACAGACAAGUUUUUGGAAGAGGCCUAUAUCAUGCAACAGUUUGACCAUCCUCAUAUCAUAAAACUGAUUGGUGUCUGUUCAGACACAAGACCCGUGUGGAUUGUCAUGGAGCUGGCCAAACAUGGCGAGAUGAGAGCCUACCUACAGAACAAUGAGCCCAGAUUGGAUCUGGUUAUGUUGAUACUUUAUGCCUACCAGCUGAGCACUGCUCUCUCAUACUUGGAGAGCAAGAAGUUUGUACAUAGAGACAUUGCAGCCAGAAAUGUCCUGGUCUCAUCUCAUGAUUGUGUUAAACUCGGAGACUUUGGCUUGUCCAGAUGGGUCGAGGAGCAGAGCUACUACAAAGCAUCCAAGGGCAAGCUACCCAUUAAAUGGAUGGCACCCGAGUCUAUUAACUUUCGUCGGUUCACCACAGCAAGUGAUGUAUGGAUGUUUGGUGUGUGUAUCUGGGAGAUCCUCAUGUAUGGGGUAAAACCAUUUCAAGGUGUGAAGAACAAUGAUGUCAUUGGAAAGAUUGAAGCCGGUGAGCGUCUGCCACUCCCUCCAGGAUGUCCUCCAUCUCUGUACAACCUCAUGUGUUCCUGUUGGCAGUACGAGCCCUCAAAGCGGCUAACAUUUGCUGAACUGAAAACCUGGCUAUAUGAAAUAUUGGAUGAAGAACGCCAUAGACAAGAAGAAGAGAUGCACAGAGACAACAGAAGAGUUCAGGCCAUAUCCUGGGUGGGAUCAAAUGGAUCAGAUGAAGAGCCUCCCCCACCACCUAAACCAGCUCGGCCACAGUUUUCCAUUUCCCCAACCGGUUCAACCCCAAAUUUAUCUGUCAAUGCAAGCAGUUCUUACAGCUCCACUGUGUCCUCCCUUCCCCAUCACUGGAACAGCACAAACAACCUGCCAGUAGGUCAGAGCACUCCGGCCCCAGGACCCUCUCCUGAGAAUAAAGCUCAAGGGUCUCGAGCACCAGAUCACUUCCAUCCUCCACAACAUCCGCAUCCAUAUCCACCACCACAUCCGCCUCAACCAUCAAUGACACAUAUUGAGUAUCAGCUUCAGAAUUAUUUCCCAUCAGCUAAUUACAUGCAG